GCUCUGAAAACCCUAGAAUCAUAUCACAUAUAACUUGUUCUAUCUUCGCUCCGUUAGUUCUUUCACGCGGCAGAAGUUAGCUUAGGCAACCAGUUUAGCAGCCAUGGUGAAGUAUUCGAAGGAGCCAGAUAAUUCCACCAAGUCCUGCAAGGCAAGGGGCUCCGAUCUCAGGGUUCAUUUCAAGAACACAAGGGAGACUGCAUUUGCUAUCAGGAAGUUGCCAUUGGUAAAGGCUAAGAGGUAUUUAGAGGAUGUUAUGGCUCACAAACAGGCUAUACCUUUCAGACGCUUUUGCCGUGGUGUCGGACGUACUGCUCAGGCGAAGAACAGGCAUUCUAAUGGACAAGGUCGCUGGCCUGUAAAAUCUGCGAAAUUUAUUCUAGAUUUGCUGAAGAAUGCUGAGAGUAAUGCUGAGGUCAAGGGUUUGGAUGUCGAUGCACUCUAUAUUUCUCACAUCCAGGUUAACCAGGCUCAGAAACAAAGGCGCCGUACUUACCGCGCCCAUGGAAGAAUCAAUCCUUACAUGUCUUCCCCUUGCCACAUCGAGCUAAUUUUGUCCGAGAAGGAAGAGCCUGUCAAGAAAGAGCCCGAGACUCAAUUGGCAGCUAGCAAGUCGAAGAAGUCUCAAGUCGCUGCGUAAAUGUGCUUCCUCUCGAGUGAAUGAUUGGAAUUCUGGUCGAUGAAAGUUGUAUGUUGAACAUCUGGUUUCUUUCAAAGCAGAAUGAGUUGUUAUUUAAGAUGUUUUCUGAAACCAUGUUUAGUUAACUGUUAUCUGAGAUUCCUCUUGGAGACUGUUUAAUCACUGUUUUUAUAUGUUGCAUGAA